AUGUUAAAUGGAGUGUUUGAUGAAAACCAAGGUGUUGUCAAGUCAUACUGUACACAAUAUAUGACAUCGCAUUUAAUGAACUAUAAGGAUGAAGAUAGCUCUUUUAUGGAUGGUUGUACCAAUGCUUCCAGCUAUAUAACAACUAUUAAUUUAGAUCCUAAUAUAAAUAAAUAUCCAUUUUGUGAAUAUACUAAUUACUGGUUCUAUGGUAAGUUGAAAUCAACUGAUAAAAUUACAAACUAUAAGACAUUAUUAGAGAAGUUUUUUGGGGAACUUGUUAAUUUCGAUGAUUGCAUAAAUAAUACGGAAUCUAUUGACGACCCUAAAUAUAAUUACAUUAAUAAGUUAGAUGAAAUGUACGACAACUUUUAUAUUUUUAAAAAAGAACCUUCACCUGAAGAUGAUAAUCCUUGUGACAAAGGUAAAAAAUGUGUCCAAGAUUAUAAGAGACUUGUGAGUACAUGUAUGGAAAAUGGUAUGAAUAGUUUUUGUAAUGAACUAGAAAAUUUUCGAGUAAGUUUUAAUGAUCAUCUUAAAUCAAAAAAUAAAUGCGAAAAUAUAAAAGAAUUACCAUCAUUCCAAGGAUCUCCACUAGCUCCUGCCAUUUCAAUACCAUUUUCUGUUGGUAAAUUAUUUGUACAAAAUUAA